AUAAAUGAAAAUAAUAUUGAUGAUUUGGAUUUGAAUGAAGAUGCAUACAUAAAAAAUAUCUACUCAAUUAAAGAAAGCGGAACAAAAGAAAUUAAUAAGGUAAUUAAACAAAUGGCAAAAUUUAACUAUCAUUUAUUUGAUUACCACAUAAUCAAUUUAUCUGAGCAACAUACUUCAAAUCCCAUCAAUAAAGCAUUAUCAGAUAAUGACAAACUGCACCUGAAAAUUAUAUGGAAUUUUUUGGAACCAUCAAGAGAGGCAAAAGCAGAAACAGCUCAACAAGCUAAAUGGAACAAAAUUUUAAAAUCUCUUUUGGAAAAAUACCAAAAACAUUUAGAUAUAAAAACUACACCUGAAGAAAUUUCAUUGGAUUGUGCAAUUGAUAUUGUUCUUGAAAGACCAUAUUCAGCGCCUUUUAACUUAUUAUUGGAUCCUUAUCAAUCAGAAUUGUCAUAUUGUGAAGACUUUAUAAACCCAAUUAUUGCAAAUGUGUUUGAUGACAUUAUGGAUAUUAUUAGAGUAGAUAUGUUGAGAACAAGUUAUGAAAAAUUCAAAGGAAUCAAACAGUACAGCACAUUCAAUGUGUCAGGAUUGGAUGUUGCCAAGAUGUGA